GUUGGGGUUUAAGCUAUGGUGUGGAAGCCGGAAGAGGUGGUUUUCACAGGGUUUUUGGCUAUCUUUUCAAUUUCAACCGAAAGAAACAAAAUAAGAAAUUAGAUUACAAAAUAAAAAAUAAAAAAAUUGAUGGGGGGAAUUGAGUGACAUUCUUCAACUUUUUUUUUUUGGUUUGAUUUUCUGAUCGUGAAAAAAUAGAUUAGAUGAUUUUGGUUGUUGAAGAUUCAAGAUGAAAUGUUUCAGAAUGGAAAAGUUUUGAUCUUGCGUUGUUGUUGGCAUAGUUGUAGGAAUAUUUUUCACUGGAUUUUGCUUGCAGAAGAAAAUGAUGUGGCAAUUGAAGAUAAUUCAUGGUGGCAUGGAAGAGAUUUUGAUUCCUUGAAGGUGUCGUGCCCAUUUUCGUUGCUCUGGGAUUAUGUUAUAAUCAGUUUCGGAAGACUGGUCUUCCUGUUUUAUGAAUUUACUGGGUAUGGUUCUGAGAUAUGGCAUUGCAGAAGAGAUUAGAGUAUGGAUUUAAUGGCUAUCAGGUGCCUCCGACUCCUCGAGCUGCCAGAUCAGUUAGGAGGAGGAGCUUAUUUAAGAGGAAAGCUGAUGACAACCAAAUGUGUGCAUUUGACUUAUUAGCAACCGUAGCUGGGAAGUUACUCUUGGAUGGCGAAAGUCUGCCAUCUGCAAAUACAAAUGCUGGAAAAGAGCAGCCUCCUACUCUGGGAAAUUCUGUCGGGAAGGAAGAUAAGGGUGAGAAUAAGCCUUUAGAAGAAAAAUCUUGUGAUCGAGAUUGUUAUGAAAGGAACUUUCUCUUUACUGAAAUUGUCUCCGAAGCCCCCAAUCCAAAUUUGUGUUCGAACGAACUUGCUUGCCCUCAAAACGAUAUAAUCUCGAGGCCCGCCUCUGGUAUAACAUCUUCUGAUUGCUCGGAGAAGUUUGGUUCCGCAGAACAAUUGGUCAAUGAUGACUGCAAGCUCAGCCUUGGGAUUUCUACUCCUUCAGUUGAUAUUGAGUCGUCUGGUCUUAGGCUAUCUGCUAAUUCUGGGUCGGAGGACGAGAGUAGGAAGGGCAGGAAAGACAUAAAACUGGAUUCUGCAAAUAUUAGGAAUUUGUCGAUAAGUAAUAAGGUUUCUCUGGGCAGUUCAGUGCGUCCAGAGGCGUCAGACAGAAAAUCUUCUGCAUUAGUGUGUUCAGUUGAUAGUGUAAAGUUUCCAUUUUGUAGGGACCGUACUUCUUGCGGUCCUUUCCCCGUUAACCGGGAGAAUGUAAAGUUAGUUACUAGAGAUGAUGACGAUAACUCUUCUGAGUGCAUCGAACCUAGCGCCAGAAAUAAGGCCUUUAAGCAGCCUGGAGACCGUAGGUUUAGAAAGUUUCUAGCACCUAAGCAUUGUAAAAUAACUUCAAACGUGAAGGAUGACGAAGGCUGUAAUGCUGAAAGAUGCAAUUAUCUCAACAGGAAGAAUGGUCUUAAGCGCCAAAGGUCUCUCAGGGACUAUCCUUUCAAAAAGAGGAAGCUUUAUGACUGUAGCUCGGUCUCUAAUUCUGAUGAAAGCAUCACUGGUGAUGGGAUGUUCGGAGUGUCUGAAAAUGGCGCUAAUGAAGAUGGACUCAGAUCUGGUCCAACGCUGCCGGGAGCAAAUGCGGCGCCAACUUCCGUAGCAGGAGGAUAUGAUUCUUUCCACUCCAAGAAUAGCCAAGUCAAGCUUAGAAUCAAGUCUUUUAGGGUUCCGGAGUUAUUUAUUGAGAUUCCAGAAACUGCGACAGUUGGUUCUCUGAAGCGUAUGGUUAUGGAAGCAGUAAACACAGUACUUGGUGGUGGAUUACGUGUCGGAGUAGUACUUCAGGGUAAGAAGAUUCGAGAUGAUAACAAGACUUUGUUGCAGACUGGAAUUUCUCACGAAAACAAGAUGGAUACCCUGGGAUUCACUCUCGAGGCCAGCCCUGCUCCAGCCCCGAUAAGAUCGUAUCCUGAAGAUUGUCAAGGUCAACUGCUGUGCGACAAUCCUCAACCACUCGCCAGGUAUCCGCCUACGCCUACUAUCACUCAAAGUGCUGGCCAGCUGGGGAAUCAAGAUACUCAUCCGGAUCUUCAUGGAAGUUUCAACAAUUUCAUAGAAAGUGAUCACGAUUCAGCUCCUUCUCUCCUUGGUAUGUCGUUGCAGAGAGCUACUUCAGAAUCAAAGGCACUGGUUCCACUGCCUUCAGCAAAACAAGAUGCAUUAGCUGUGGUGCCUCUGAGAAAAUCUAAGCGAUCUGAGUCUACACAGCGACGUAUCCGUAGACCCUUCACCGUUGCUGAAGUGGAAGCUCUAGUUCAGGCUGUUGAGAAACUCGGAACUGGAAGAUGGCGUGAUGUGAAACUGAGAGCUUUUGAUAAUGCAAAGCACAGAACUUACGUGGAUUUGAAGGAUAAGUGGAAGACAUUGGUCCACACGGCAGGAAUAUCUCCUCAGCAGAGGCGGGGGGAGCCCGUGCCACAGGAGCUCCUGGACAGGGUGUUGACGGCCCAUGCUUACUGGUCACAGCAGCAGAAACAGCAGCAGCUCAAGUCCCAGCCAGAUACUUGCCUUCUUCUAUGAAAAGCUCGGUUCCAUUAGUCGACAAGACGCAUCUAGGUGUGGUCUUUCCCUCUCUUCACAUUGUUUUUUUCUGUGAUUAUUACAAUACUAGUAGUAUGUAUAAAAGUGUGUCAAAAAGGAGUAAAUUAGUGUUUAUGUAAUAUUUGGGUUGUAGCAGUUGUAAAUGCAUUACAGAAUAAGGGGGUUUUCCGCUAACAGAAUUGAUUAUGCUGGGAAACUGGCAGUCUUUUAAUGUGAAGUUUCUCUCUUUGGUUCAAUUUUGUUUGGUUUUUGUGGGGUGGGAGUGUCAGUUGAUUUCUUGUCAAUUGUAGUGUAAUCACCUCUCUUGUUGAUGUAGAAUCACUUGAUUCUUGUCCAGUUUAAAGCUAAAGCUAUUAUUAUUGUAACAAGACUGUUUUUGUUAUAAACAUUUGUAUCACAUUUUUUACUUGUA